UAAAUUUUUUUGCUAUUUUCUAUAUUUUUUACACAAAGAAAAUACAAUUAACACUUAUUUGCAAUAGCAAAAGCAGCAGCAAAAGCAAACCAAAUCUAAGGAAUGGCCGACGCCCGCAGAAAAAUGGAAAUGCUACGCUCUAAGGCAAAAGAAAUGGAAAUCAGAUAUGCACCGGUAAAGGGUAAAAGACCCACAAUCCGAAUUAAUGCACCGCAAGCUAGCAAAACCACGAGCACACAGGAUUUAAAGUCAAUGCGCCACACAACAGCUUCUUCCAUGAAGACGGGCGCCUCACUUAUACCGGACUUGAAUAAAUUGAUUAGUCGGGUGCGUGAAUUUCCCGAUGAUCGUUUCAUCUAUUUGACUUAUAUGCUAAAUAAGUCGAGCGAAUAUUUCACGCCAUACAGCUUGAUGGAAGUUAAAUACGACGAUUUGCCGAAUAAGCAUCAUUACUUCACCUUGAGUCGACAUGGCGUUACUUAUUGGCAUUUGUCGGAAAACUUUUUCACGCCUCUCAUGCAGUGGCAGCAAGAGUUUCAACAAUUCUUAAGUAUCAUUAAGAUACACAGUUUUGCGGUGUUUCGUGUGUGGAAGGGCUUCAAAGUGUGGGAGAAAACGGUUAAGUGGCGCAAACUGAACGAUGCACGCGCCUAUCUGCACGAUCAUCUCUUCAUUGCAAUACGGCCGCUAGCCAAAGCGAUUCUGCAAUUCCGCGCAGACAUUGUGCAGCUAAAUAAGCUGACAUUCGUUGAUGUCGCAGCUAUCGAAGAACGGCAUCCAUUCUAUUUUCUUGAGACACAAAUGUGUGUGUAUGAGCGCAUGAAAGCGACACUGCGUGAUUUCCACGAACGUUCUAGGAAAAUGUUGUUUCAAGCUUGCACCACUGCCAUUGUAGAGCGCGGCUUCUUUCCCACGGACGAGAUCAAUUUUUUCCCAUCCAUUAAGAAAAUGAAGGAUGCAAUGAAUUUCACGGAUCGUGCGAAGAAGCGAAAUUUCUGCAAAAUGCUUUCAAACUUUUUGAGUUAUUGUGACAAUAUGAUGUACCAUAUGUUGCACCAAUUGACUGCCAGUGCCUUUCGCCGCUUGGUUGAGUCAAUGGAAGUGCACCACACAGUCGCGCCAACCAUGGAGGAGUUGCAGGAAAACCCAGCGCUGGAUAAGCAAAUCGAAAAUCCGCGACCGGAAAAUGUGCCAGCGAAUCCCUUCUUCAUUGCUGAGUUAUACAUGUUAACGGAUCGUAUAGAUGUCGACCCAUCCGAAGAGGUGAUGAAACAUAUCUUUCAACGCAUUUCAUCUUUAAUAUUGGAAACAGUUACCGAAAUGGAGAAUUUCACCGAUGACAAAACAUUCAACCAAUAUACAGAACCUUCUAUUAUGGGCCGUCAAGAGGAACGUUUGGCAAUGACUGCGCCAGAUUUGAACUUUCUCUUACGCACUGAUGCGCGCUUUCAGAAAGAUCGCAAACUUAUGUUCACAUAUAUACACAGCGCCUACGAGAAGGCAAUGCUCUACGCAGAACGUUUCGAUACCAUACGAAACAACUAUGAGAUCGAUAUGACUACAGAUCCGAAAAAACUUACAUCGGAAAGGGAUCUGGAGGAGCUACGCGCAUACUGUAAUCGCUACUGCAACAACGUGCGCGCAUUGGAUGGCAUAUUGUCAAUUGUUAAUUUGGGCCUAUUGAAAUUAACUCAAACCAGCUUCAAGGAUACCGUCACGCCCAUCUGUCAAAGCCUUUCAAAUGUCCUUAAUAUAUAUAUACCAAAACUAGCCGCCGAAGAAGUGGAUCGGAUUACCCAAGAAAUACAUGAUUUUAUCGGUGUCAUCAGUGCAGAGCCCGAAACUACUUUGGAAAUUGUCGAACACAUACGUGAGCUGGAACGCAUCGAUGAAGAUUUGAAUAAACUUUUCGAAGCGGUUGACUACGCGCACGAUCUCUUCAUGAUUAUUAAAGAAUUCCAAAUACCGUGCGAUGACGAUCGCCGAGAAGACUAUAUGGAUUGCGAAGAUUUGGUAAAUCGUGGUAGUGAUAAGUUGAAGGAGAGCCAAGCUCGCCGCCCGGAAUUCAUAAACCGUUUGGAUCAACGCAUGCAAGCCGACAUAGAGUUACUGUACCAGGAGAUACAUGAAAUCGCGCUGGCGGUGCAAAACACCGAGCUAUUAGAUAUAAAUACGGGUAGCAAAAAAGCGAAAAGCAUGCUGGACAAUUUGCUGCGGCACCUGAGCGAUUGCAAGGAGCAAGCGGAAGAGUAUAUUGGCUAUCAGAAGGAAUUUAAGAUCGACAUAUCGCAAUUUUUCGAAAUGGACGAUGCAUUCCAAGAGAUAAGAAUGCGCAACAACCUCUGGCAAUCGCUGGAUGAAUGGGAAUCAGCUUUAGAAAGUUGGAUUAACAUGGAGUUCAACCAAUUGAAUGUAGAAGACAUGAAUAAUUUGAAUAUGAAAAUAAUCAAAAACUGUUUGCAAUUUGAAAAAUAUCUACCUGAAAACAAUAUUGUGCCAGAGAUGAAAGCCUCCGCCGAGGACUUUAGACAAAAAUUGCCCGUUAUUGGUUUUCUACGUAAUCCCAAUUUCAAGGCGCGUCACUGGACCGAUAUCGAGACUAUACUGAAUGUUCGCGUCUACCAAGAGGAAGGUAUUCGCAUAUCUACCUAUGAGGGGGCUGGCGCAUUUGAUGAAGUGAAAGCCGCACAAUUGAUGGAGGUCUCAUCGCAAGCCUCAGGCGAGUCGCAGCUCGAAGCAAUGUUGAAGACUAUUGAAAACGUUUGGAAGGAAACAGAGUUGUUCAUAGUGAAUCAUCACGAUCAGAAGGAUGUCUUCAUAUUGGCGGGCACGGAGGAGCUACAAGUAAUCUUAGAUGAUUCGACAGUGAAUAUCAAUACAGUAGCUGCAUCCAAAUUUGUUGGACCGAUAAAAGCUAAAGUGCAGGAAUGGACCGAGCUAUUGGAGUUGUUCAAUGAGAUGUUAGAGGUUUGGAUAAAUUGCCAAACAACUUGGAUUUAUUUGGAGGCGAUAUUCUCCUCACCCGAUAUACAACGUCAGUUGCCCCAAGAGGCGAAAAUGUUUUUCACCGUCGACAAAAGCUUCAAAAAUAUUAUGCGAAGUGCGAAAAAGAUUUCCUUAGCGUUGCCAGUUAUGACCGAUCGCAAAACAUUUGAUGAACUCAAUGAGAAUAAUCGUUUGCUGGAUUUGAUUAGCCGCGGUCUAGAAGCAUAUCUCGAAGUGAAACGUGUGGUAUUUCCAAGAUUCUAUUUCCUUUCCAAUGAUGAGCUACUCGAAAUUUUGGCACAAACGCGUGUACCACAGGCAGUACAGCCGCACUUGCGCAAGUGUUUCGACGCCAUAUACCGGCUGGAGUUCGGUCAGAAGGAGAGUGGCGAUGGUGGCAAGAUGAUACCGACUAAUGACAUAAUUGCAUUCAUUUCGCCUGAAGGUGAGAAGCUGUUAUUUGGUAAAGGUCUGAAGGCGCGUGGUGCAGUCGAAGAGUGGCUAAGCAAAGUCGAGGAGGCGAUGUUUAUUGCUGUCAAGCGAUAUAUGCGCUUCGGGUAUCAGUGCUAUCCGGCCAAGGAGCGCGAUGAAUGGUUUCAAGAUCAUCCCAAUCAGGUUGUACUGACGGUAUCGCAACAGCAAUGGGCCGCCGACAUUCAUAUCAUUUUGGACAAUAACAAAACCGGCGCAAGUAUCAAACUCAAGCAAAUGAAGGAUUUCGAGAAAAAGUGUUUCAAAAAUUUAGCUGCUUUAGCGGCCCUAACACGAAAGGACAUCUCGUCGUUGCUGCGCAAAAUACUUUGUGCGCUUAUAACAAUCGAUGUGCAUGCGAAGGACUCUAUAACAUUAUUGAUCGAUAAGGAAGUGACGAAAAACACUGAUUUCAAUUGGUUGAAAAUGCUACGCUUUUACUGGGCCUACGAGACGGACACUGUUUAUACACGCAUGGCCUCCGCCAAUAUACCCUACUACUAUGAGUACUUGGGUGCGGGUGGUGUAUUAGUGUUAACGCCAUUAACAGAUCGCUGCUACCUCUGUUUGAUGGGUGCCUUGCAAAUGGAUCUGGGUGGCGCACCGGCUGGCCCAGCAGGCACCGGCAAAACCGAAACCACCAAGGAUUUGGCUAAGGCCGUAGCCAAGCAAUGUGUCGUCUUCAAUUGCUCCGAGGGCUUGGAUUACAAAAUGAUGGGUCGCUUCUUCUCCGGAUUGGCACAAUGUGGCGCCUGGUGCUGUUUCGACGAGUUCAAUCGUAUCGAUAUCGAAGUAUUAUCCGUCAUUGCACAACAAUUGAUUACCAUACGAAAUGCCAAGGUUAUAAAUGCAAAACGCUUCAUUUUUGAGGGUCGUGAGAUUAAACUCAACAAAUCCUGUGCCGUAUUCAUCACAAUGAAUCCCGGUUAUGCGGGACGCACAGAGCUGCCAGAUAAUCUAAAGGCACUCUUUCGUCCGAUGUCCAUGAUGGUGCCAGACUAUGCGCUCAUCUCUGAGGUUAUUCUAUACUCGGAGGGUUUUGAAUAUCCAAAAAUUCUGGCCCAUAAAAUGGUGCAAAUGUAUAAGUUGUGCAGUGAGCAGCUCAGUCAGCAGAAUCAUUACGAUUUCGGCAUGCGUGCCGUCAAGUCAGUGUUGGUCAUGGCUGGUGCAUUGAAACGUGCUGCGCCCGAUCAACGCGAGGAUAUUACACUAAUCGCAGCGUUACGUGACUCGAAUAUACCAAAAUUUUUGGCUGAGGACGCUGGUCUUUUUCGUGGCAUACUUAGCGAUUUAUUUCCCGGCGUGGAACUACCAGAUUCAUCACAUCCAAGUUUGGAGGAAGGUAUGAUGGAGGGCCUACAACUGAAAAAUCUACAGCCAGUGGCGAUCACCCUACGUAAAGGCAUACAAUUAUACGAGACGAUGUGCGUGCGUUGGGGUGUAAUGUUGGUGGGACCGACAGGUGGCGGCAAGACAACGGUGCUGCACAAUCUUGCUUUUGCACUGAAUUAUUUGUAUGAGAAGGAGGUUUCGGGUCCAAACUUUCGACCAGUUACAAUGCAAACCAUGAACCCGAAGGCGGUGCACAUAAAUGAGUUAUACGGCUUCGUAGAUUCUAAGACGCUCGAAUGGCAAGACGGUCUAUUGGGUUUGGCUGUGCGCACUGCGGUGAAUGUAGAAGAGGAAAUACAUCAAUGGAUCAUUUGCGAUGGCCCCGUCGAUGCUGUGUGGAUCGAAAAUUUAAAUACCGUAUUAGAUGACAAUAAAAUGCUAUGUUUGGCCAACUCCGAGCGCAUCAAAUUAACCGCCUGGGUGCAUAUGGUUUUCGAGGUACAAGAUUUAGCACAAGCCUCUCCAGCCACUGUCUCACGUUGCGGUAUGGUUUACGUGGAUCCCGAUGAUCUAGGCUGGCUACCGCUAGUCGAUUCGUGGAAAUCGAGCGAUAUCCAGAAAAAACUGACCGAAGAACAAAUGGAAUUUCUUUAUAAUCUAUUCACUAAAUAUUUCAACAAACUAUUAAAAUUGGCUCUCAAACAUGGCGCCUACAUGAUACAUCAGGUGUCAAGCGCCAAAGUUUGCCUACUAUGCGAACUACUGGCAUCUCUGAUUGAACAGAAGAAGUGGAUUAAUAGUCCCGCAGAUGAGUAUAAACCACUGAUGAGUAAAAUGUUUGGUUGGUCUAUAUUAUGGGCGAUCGCCUCAAAUUUCAAAGAUGCCGAAAAGGAUGGAUUUGAAAUCCACAUCAGGGAAGUGGUGGAGGGGGACAAUAAUUUCGCCUUUCCACAAGGUACAAUCUGGGACUACUAUAUCAAUAUGGAAACUAAGAAAUGGGAAAACUGGAAUCUAAUAAUUGAACAAUUCCAUUUCGAUCCUGAAAUGAAGUAUUUCGAUAUGCAAGUACCGACUGUGGACACGACGAAAUAUGGAUACGUAUCAGAGCUGCUCUUCAAGCGCAGAUUUCCCGUUAUGUUUACUGGUGACACCGGCGUUGGCAAAUCCGUAUUAGCCGUUUCCGCACUCAAGAAACUCUCAAAGGGCAACGUAGUACCGGUACUUUUGAACUUUUCCGCACAAACGAGUAGCGCGCGUACACAGGAAAUGGUCGAGGCGCAAUUGGAGAAACGAAAACGUACACAACUGAGUGCACCAUUUGGUAAAAUGGUGAUCGUUUUCAUAGACGAUGUGAAUAUGCCGAAACUCGAUACGUAUGGGAGUCAACCGGCGAUUGAGCUUUUAAGGCAAUUUCUUGAUUUCAAAGGCUUGUACGAUCGUGAAAAGCUCUUCUGGAAGGAGAUUUUGGAUGUAGUACUUGGCUGUGCUUGCGCACCUCCGGGUGGUGGCCGAAAUCCACUCACGCCACGUUUUGUGCGACACUUUGCGCUCUUCUCGCUGCCAAAGCCGAAUAAUGACACGUUGACGACUAUAUUCGCUGGCAUACUUACUGGCUUCCUAGACACCUUCUCGUCCGUGAUACGCCCGCUCUCCAUACCGAUUGUCAACGCUUGUGUCGAAGUUUACUCGCGUAUCUCGAACGAGAUGUUACCGACUCCAGACAAAUCUCACUACAUCUUCAAUUUACGUGAUCUAUCCAAGUGCGUGCAGGGCAUUCUACAAGCAACCAAUACCCAUUACAAUCUAGAGAUACAAGUUUUGCGGCUUUUCUUUCAUGAGACAACACGUGUCUUUCAUGAUCGCUUAAUCAAUGAUGAGGAUAAGGCGCUCUUUAACAAUAUCAUGCACGAAGUCUGCCUCAAACAGUUCAACAGAGAAGUAAUGAAGCGGGACGAACCGGCCAUACUCUUUGGCGACUUUAUGAUAUUUGGAAAGCCGAAAAACGAGCGCAUCUAUGAAGAGAUCGCUGAUCACAAGAAGUUGGAGAGCAUUUUGAAUGAUUACAUUGUGGAUUAUAACUCGAUGACGGGCAAGAAUAUGCGCUUGAUACUUUUUCAGGAUGCUUUGGAGCACACAGUGCGUUUGGCGCGCUUGCUCCGUAGUGAUCGUGGUUAUGGUUUGUUGGUGGGUGUGGCUGGUAUGGGUAAGCAAUCACUGACACGGCUGGCAGCACAUGUCAACGAGUAUAAGUGUCUACAAAUCGAGCUGAAGAGAAACUAUGACAUAAAUGGAUUCCAUGAAGAUCUAAGAAUCAUUUACCGCUUUGCAGGGAUUGAAAAUAAUCCGGUGGUUUUCUUAAUGAUCGACACACAAAUCGUGGAAGAAGAGUUCCUGGAGGAUAUUAACAACAUGCUUAACUCGGGUGAGGUGCCCAAUCUCUUUGAAGGUGAUGACUAUGAGAAAGUUAUAUUGGAUUCACGUGAAGCGUGCAACGCAGCGAUGGCUGGGGGUUGUAGUCGUGAUGAAAUCUAUAAGUUUUUCAUCAAUCGCGUACGCAAUAAUCUGCAUGUAGUUCUUUCUAUGAGUCCAGUUGGAGAUGCUUUUCGCCGGCGUUGUCGUAUGUUUCCGUCCUUGGUGAACUGUACAACGAUUGAUUGGUUCUCCAAUUGGCCGACUGAGGCACUGUAUUCGGUGGCAUUGGGCGUGCUGCAGGAUAUCGCACGUGACAAGAAUGAUCGCAUCGCGCUGGCUAGCACCACCGUAUUUAUGCAUAAGACCGUCGAAGAGGCAUCGGUACGUUUUUACAAGGAAAUGAAACGCCAUUACUACACCACACCAAGCAGCUAUUUAGAACUGCUUAAAUUGUAUCAGAACUUACUAAAGAUUAAGUCCGAUGAGAUAAUCGCUAAACGAAAACGUAUCGCAAAUGGUUUGAAUAAAAUUUUGCAGACCAAUGAUGUUAUCGCUGUUAUGCAAAAAGAAUUAGAGGUUAUGGUACCACAACUAGAUGAAAAAUCUGCGAUUAUGAAGCAAUUGGUUGAUCGCCUUAGCUUCGAUACCAAACAAGCGGAUCAGGUGAAGGAAGGCGUAAUGCGCGAUGAAAAUGUAGCAAAGGAGAAGGCCGCAGUUUGCCAAGUGAUUUCGGAUGACGCCAACAAAGACUUGGAAAUCGCUAUGCCAGCAUUGCGUGAUGCAGAUGCAGCCUUGAAAAGCUUAACAAAAGCAGAUAUUAAUGAACUAAAAUCCUUCACCACACCACCCGCUUUGGUACAGUUCACCAUGGAAGCGGUGUGCAUCUUGCUGGGCUCUAAAACCGACUGGGCCUCUGCUAAACGUAUAAUGGCAGAUGUGAAUUUCUUGAAGCGCCUAGUUGAGUAUGACAAGGAACACAUCAAAGAAGAUGUGCUUAAGAAGUUAAAGAAAUAUAUUGAGCACAAGGACUUUCUGCCAGUGAAAUUGGAAAAAGUGUCAAAAGUUGCGUCCUCUGUCUGCAUGUGGGUCAUCGCCAUGGACAAAUUCUCUAAGGUCUACAAAGUAGUUGAGCCGAAAUUGAAACGCAAAGAAGCAGCAGAUGCCGAACUCAAAGCCAUUAUGACUGUGCUCAAGCAAAAGCAAAAGGAAUUGGCUGCUGUAGAGGCUAAAAUUCAAGCACUACAAGAAGACUUGGAGGAGAAAAAUCGUGAAUUCAAAACCAUACAAGAUGCAGUCGAUCUGACAUAUGGGCGCCUAAAUCGCGCCGGUCGCUUGACCUCCGCUCUAUCCGAAGAGGAAAUACGUUGGAAAGAAACAGUGAAGACUCUAACACAAGAUCUGAAAUGUGUGCCGGGUGACGUAUUGGUCUCGGCAGCUUGCGUCGCUUAUCUGGGCGCUUUCUCGACUGAAUACCGCGAUGAAAUGUGCACGCAAUGGGUGACCAAAUGUCAGGAACAUCAAAUACCAUCAAGCGGUGAAUUUCUGUUGCUCAAGGUGCUUGGCGAUCCAUAUGAAAUGCGUCAAUGGACCAUGGAUGGUCUACCUAAGGACACAGUGUCGAUUGAGAAUGGGCUCUAUGCAACACGUGCACUGCGCUGGCCACUUAUGAUCGAUCCACAGGAGCAGGCUAAUCGCUGGAUUCGCAACAAGGAAAAAGCAAAUGGUCUGAUCGUCUGCAAAAUGACAGAUGGCAAUUUAUUACGCACAUUGGAAAAUGCUGUGCGCCAAGGACUCCCAGUGUUACUGGAAGAUAUCGAUGAGAACAUUGAUCCCUCCAUUCGUCCAAUUCUGCAGCGAGAGACUUACCUGUUUGAGGGACGCGUCUAUUUGAAGUUGGGCGAUAUGGUUAUUGACUAUGAUCAAAAUUUUAAGCUUUACAUGACUACGAAAUUAGCGAAUCCACAUUAUUUGCCAGAAAUUUGUAUUAAUGUUACGCUGGUGAACUUUUUAGUUACAGAAAGUGGACUUGAAGAUCAGCUGUUGGCCGAUAUUGUGGCCAUUGAACUGCCUGCAAUGGAAAUCCAACGCAACGAUCUCAUUGUGAAGAUCAACACAGACAAACAACAGUUAUUGGCAUUGGAGGAUAAGGUGCUCAAAUUGCUCUACAACUCACAGGGUAAUAUUUUGGAUGACGAGGAGCUUGUUGAAACGCUUAAUGAUGCCAAGGAAACCUCGCUUAUCAUUGCAACACGUCUCAUCGACACUGAAGAAACGGAAAAAGUUAUUACGGCCACACGCGAAAAGUAUCGUUCGUUGGCUUCACGCGGCGCCAUAUUGUAUUUUGUAGUAGCCGGUUUGGCCGAUGUGGAUCCUAUGUAUCAAUACAGUCUUAAGUACUUUUCACAAGUGUUCUGUAACGUCAUACGUCUGGAACAUCCUAAGCAAACCAUCGAGGAGCGCAUAACCCAGUUAAAACUUGAUGAGUUAAAAGCGAUUUUCGAAAAUGUUUCACGCGGUCUAUUCGAAAAUCAUAAAAUUAUAUUUAGCUUUUUGUUAGCGACGGCAAUUGAAAAGCAAGAGGGUCGCAUUUCUCAAACUGAUAUGAAUUUUUUGACGCGCGGCAGAGUGGGUGCCGUGCCUUAUAAACCAAAACCAGACGAAUGUUUGCUAACCGACGAGGAUUGGGAGACGUGCAUCUUUCUGGAAGAGGAACUGCCGGAUUAUUUUGGGGGCUUUACCUCGGCACUAACUAAGCCCUUCUAUCUGCAAAUACUCCAUACCAAGGAGGUUUUCAAUUUCUCUGACUCAAAAGCUACACCCGUGGACACUUGGAAUAAACGGCUUACUAUUUUCCAUAAGCUAAUGUUUAUACGCAUAUUUCGACGCGAGCGCUUCCUACUCCAUGUUGUGGUGUAUUUAACCGCAACCGUGGGUAAAUACUUCACGGAAGCAUCCGCAACAGGCAACCAAUUGAAAACUGUUUUUGGUGACACCAACAACUUAACACCAAUGGUGUUCGUGCUCUCCACUGGCUCAGAUCCCAUGGCCGCUUUUCUCAAGUUUGCCGAUGAAAUGAAAUACAUGGAUAAAUUCUAUUCGAUCUCACUCGGUCAAGGACAAGGACCGAUCGCUGAAAGCUUAAUAGAAAAGAGCUUGCGUCUAGGUCACUGGGUAUUCUUGCAGAACUGCCAUUUAGCUACAUCGUGGAUGCGUCAAAUGGAAACUAUUGUGCGAAAUAUCACAUUGGGCAUCAGCAAAGCUCAUGAGGAUUUUCGUCUAUUUCUGUCCUCUAUGCCAACAAAGAACUUUCCCAUUAGCGUAUUACAAAAUUCGGUUAAAUUGACCAAUGAACCACCAAAGGGCAUCAAAGCCAACGUAUUGGGUGCACUAAAUGAUUUGGAGAAAAACUUCUUCGAGACACAUGCGCUGCGUGAAAAAUGGCGUGCCAUUGUAUUUGGACUUUGCAUGUUUCAUGCUGUCAUUUUGGAGCGACGUAAGUUUGGACCACUCGGCUGGAAUAUCACGUAUGAAUUCAAUGAAAGUGAUCGUGAUUGUGGUCUCAAGACGUUGGAAUUCUUUAUCGAUCGACAAAAAGUGGAAGAAAUUCCAUGGGAUGCAAUUUUUUACAUUAAUGGCGAAAUCACUUGGGGUGGACGUGUCACCGACUAUUGGGAUCAACGCUGCUUGAAAACGGUUUUGAAAACUUUCUCAUCGCCGCGAAUUAUUGAACCUGGCUAUAAAUACUCACGUGGUGAUCCCUACUAUUGUGAUCCACAGAAACUAACUGUUGAUGAAUAUAUACAAUAUGUACAAAAUUUCCCAACGAUAGAAGAUCCGGAGAUAUUCGGCAUGAAUCAAAAUGCUAAUAUUGUUUUUCAAACACAAGAGACAAACUUCUUCAUUACAACACUCUUGAUGGGACAGCCACGCGCAGCAGCUGAUGAGGGGCAAGCGGAGGAAAAUGAGACAGCGGUAGAGAUUAUUAACUACAUACAAAGCGUGCUGAUGACGAAGAUAAAGCGUGAUGAUCUGCAUGAGUCGCUGACAAUUCUGGAUGCCAAAGGCCAGCUGCCAUCCCUGACCACAGUAUUGGUGCAGGAGAUCGAUCGUUACAAUAUCAGCCUGCGCACGGUGCACGACAGCCUUAUAAAUCUAGCAAAGGCGAUUAAAGGUCUGGUCGUCAUGUCCGAACAACUCGAGGAAGUAUUUAAAGCGUUGCUCACCAAUGUAGUGCCCAAUCUAUGGGCCAAGAAAAGCUUUCUCUCCAUCAAGCCACUUCCAAACUACAUUACCGAUUUUCAGCGACGCGUUGAAUUUAUACAAAACUGGGCCCACUUCGGCGGUCCGCGUUCAUAUUGGAUUAGCGGCUUCUACUUUCCACAGUCCUUUCUCACCGGCAUGCUGCAAACGCAUGCACGUAAGCGAGUGCUGCCUAUCGAUUCGCUAAAAAUUGAUUUCAAAGUCUAUGAUUUGGUCAUCGUACAACAGGUGGUUUUCGAACGACGCGUUAGUGGAAAAGAUUUUGAGCUUCUAUAUGGCAAUCUACCUGAAUCGGAUGACUCCGGCAUCAACGUGCACGGCAUUUUCAUAGAGGCAGCACGUUGGGACUCGCGACGGGGUGGACUCUGCGAUGCGGAACAUGGCGAAUUAUUUAGUCGUUUACCGGUUAUACGUUUUAUACCAUGUUUGACCCUGAAUCCGGGAGAACGUUAUGAUGCACCACUUUACAAGACACAAGCGCGCUCUGGCGUACUCUCGACAACGGGUCACUCAACCAAUUUCAUUCUAUCGAUUUUGUUGGAAAGCAAAAAUUCCCCUGACUUUUGGAUUUUGCGCGGCACUGCUUUAAUUUCUGGCGUUGCUGAUAAUAUUUCCUAGACAUUUAUAAGUUUGCUUGUGACUAGAAUAAUUUUGUUUUGUUAUACAAAAAAUAAAUGCAA